AUGGAUAUUCUAAAGCUCCUAUCGCGAGGAACCAAAAAGACCCAAAAGGGCUCCCAAAAUGCCUUCAACCCUCAGCAGAAGCUUCCCUCUGCUGGCACUAGCACGAACCCUCAGCUGUACCACGAUCAAGUCCGCGGACAGAAGCGAAAGCGAACAAAGAAUGAACCCGAGCCCGAGGCUAAAGUAGACCUGCCCGAGGUCGACUUCUUUGCCCCCAAGCCUGAGCCCGUCGCCGAAGCACCCGUCGAAGUGGAAGAACCUGUCCAAGCGCUGAAACCUACACGAUCAUCUCGAUUAUUGAGCGAGGACGAGUGUCGCCAGCUCCUGCGAUCGCAUCGACUCAAGAUUACUCUACUCUCAAAGACUGAAGACCAGUCCAAGGUCAAGAAGAGCAAGAAGAAGCAGAAGAAGGCCGCCGUCGAAGUCAAGAAGGAUGACAAGAAGCAGCUUUUCCCACAGCCCUUGGACUCUUUCGGCGAGCUUCGAAAUGCCUACGGUCUUUCGGACAAGGUCGCCGACAACCUUGUUUUCCAAGGAUACCGAGUUCCUACUGAAGUUCAAAUGGGUAGCUUGCCUCUUCUGGUUCACCCCCAAGCGGCAUUGAAGGACGAGGAUGGAUUGGACGGAGGCGUCGACUUCCUGGCCAUUGCUCCUACAGGAAGUGGAAAGACUAUCAGCUUCUUGAUCCCUGCUAUCAACAAUAUCUUGCGCAGGCGCUCUGAAGAAAAUGCCGGCGACAUCCAUGAGCUUGAAGCAGUUAUUGUUGCACCGACUCGAGAACUGGUGCACCAGAUCGUCAGCGAAGGUCAAAAAUUGGCUAAGGGCACCAGCCUUAGGGUCGUGUCGAUGAAGAAGCACACUCAACUAUCGGCCGAACAGGUAGACAUGGCAGAGGACAGCUCUGAAGACGAAGAGGACAAGGAGUCAGAAUCAGAGGAUGGCGACGAGAAACCUUCCGAUGACAAGCCCAAGCAGAUCACCAAGGCUGAUAUCCUGGUCACCACACCCUUCCUUCUAUUCAAGUUUCUCACCUCUGGGCCUCCUAGCACACAAAAGGUCCUUCCUACUGUGCGAGAUUUGAUUUUGGAUGAGGCUGAUGUUCUCCUUGACCCUCUUUUCCGGGACGCCACGAUGGCUGACUGGACAGCUUGCACAAACACCAACCUCAGAGUAUCAUUCUGGUCUGCUACCAUGGGAUCAAACAUCGAGUCUAUGGUCACAGAGAAGUUGAUUGCAAGGGCGCAGUCGUUGGAUAUCACACCCAAACCCUUUGUUCGGUUGGUCGUUGGCCUCAAGGAUACAGCCGUGCCAAACAUUGCUCACAAGCUCAUCUACACUGCAUCGGAGCAAGGUAAACUACUUGCCCUACGUCAAUUGCUACACCCUACAGCCAGUGAUGAUUCGGGCCCCCCGCUACGACCCCCUUUCUUAGUUUUUACGCAAACUAUCGACAGAGCGAUUGCUCUGCAUGAAGAGUUGCAGUACGAUAUUCCUCUCGAGGCUGGUGGCGCUGCAAGAAUUGCUGCUCUGCAUAGCGGUCUCACAGACUCUGCUCGAUCUUCCAUCAUGCGCAAGUUCCGCGCCGGAGACAUUUGGAUUUUGAUCACAACAGACGUGCUAGCGCGAGGUGUGGACUUUGCCGGUGUCAACGGCGUUGUCAACUACGAUGUACCUGGAUCCAGCGCUGGCUACGUCCAUCGCGCUGGACGAACAGGUCGUGCUGGUCGCGAAGGUGGCGUCGCAGUCACCUUCUAUACCAAGGAAGACAUUCCUUUUGUCAAGAUGGUUGCCAACGUGAUUGCUGUCAGCGAGAAGCAGGCUGGAAAGACGGGAGACGAGGCUGGUGUGCAAAAAUGGCUGCUCGAUGCUUUGCCAAAUGUUGGCAAGGCGGACCGCAAGAAACUCAAGGAGAGAGGUAAUGAGGCCCGACGAAGCGGUGUAAAGUCCAAGAUCUCAUCCAAGAGUGGUUACGAUAGACGCAAGGAGAACAACCGUCUUGGUGCUAUCGAGGGAAGCAAGAAGAGAAAACUACAGCCCAACGAUGACAGUGGUGAUGAUGGAGAAUGGGGUGGUUUUGAUGACUAG